UCGUACGGCAGCGAUCAUUUACCUGCAAUCAUCAAACUGCCAUCGUCACUACCCACCAUCACCUCUAAACCACGCCGCUGGCUAAUCCAUCUUGCGAACUGGGCACUAUUUUUAGAAAACGCGAAACUAGAGGACAUCAUCUCGCCAGAUAUUACGAUCGAUGACAUUAAUGACAAAAUCACGGAAAUUUUAAUUGCAGCCGCAGAAAAGUCAAUACCACGAUCGUCAACUCAUGUCCGAAAAACGAGAAAUGUCUGGUGGACAAAAGAAUGCACUGAAGCAAAGAAACUGCAAAAUAAAGCUUGGGGCGUCUUGAGGAGGUACCCCACAUAUAGCAACCUCGUAAACUUCAAGCAGGCUAAAGCGAAAGCGCGCUAUAUCCGUAGGCAGGCCGAAAAAACAUCAUGGCGCGAUUACAUAACUUCUAUAAAUAGUACUGUCUCGUCUAAACGAUUGUGGGACCAGUUGAGAAAAUUCAGAGGAGACUACUCAGCCUACACUAUACCAAUUCUCACAAGCCCAGACAUCCAGACAACAACACAAGAACAAGCCGACAUAUUAGGGGAGCACUUCUACAACAUUUCCAGUUCAGCCAACUACACUGAUACUUUCCUCAAACACAAAGAAACCGCAGAGAAGCAGAAACUACCGCUCACAGGUGCUUCACACGAAGCUUACAACCAACCCCUAACACUACAGGAACUAAACAUUGCACUCUCACAUGGUAAAAAAACGGCAUAGGCCCCGACAACAUACACUACUCUAUGCUGGCACAUCUGUCCGAAUCAUCGACAAAAGUUUUACUUACAUUUUUCAACAUGGUAUGGCAAUCCGGGUCUAUGCCAGAACAAUGGAAAACUGCCAUAGUAGUCCCAUUUCUGAAAGCCGGUAAACCCCCAACAUCCCCGAGCAGCUACAGACCAAUUGCUCUUACCAGUUGCCUCGCGAAAACUUACGAAAGUGUUAUCAAUUGCAGACUGUCUUUUAUCCUCUAUUCAAGAAAUUUGAUUGAUAAUCAUCAAUGCGGAUACAGAAAAGGUUGCUCAACCACUGACCAUCUUGUUCGUCUUGAGCAUGAAAUACGAGAAGCAUUUCGCUACAAACAGUACUGUCUCGCGGUUUUUUUCGAUCUAGAGAAGGCCUACGAUACCACGUGGCGACACGGAAUUCUGCAAGACCUCGCUAAUCUAGGCAUUCGAGGCAAAAUGCUAAAGUGUUUGUCCGACUUCAUGACUAACAGAACAUUUCAGGUGCGGUUGGGCACUGUGCUUUCACGCACGUUUGUCCAGGAAAAUGGCGUACCACAAGGCUGUAUCCUUAGCACUACCUUGUUCAUAGUAAAAAUGAAUUCAAUCAAUAAGAUCAUACCACCCACAAUAAUGCACUCUCUAUAUGUUGAUGAUCUGCAAAUCGCUUCUCGUGCCUCUAACCUAUCAACCUGUGAGAGGCAACUUCAAAUUACCAUAAACAAACUAACACAUUGGGCCGACAGAAAUGGUUUCCGUUUUUCCACACAAAAGACUGUUGCUGUGAUGUUUACACUAAAAAGAGGAUUAUUCCCAGACCCAGUUCUUACAUUAAACAACAUGGCGAUGAUGAUAAAACACGAACAAAAAUUUUUAGGUGUGACAUUCGACAGUAAACUGAAUUUUCUUGCUCAUAUUAAUGCACUUAAAAUAAAGGCAAAUAAAGCGCUUAACAUACUAAAGGUUUUGUCCCAUAAGCAUUGGGGCUCUGAUAGAUUAUGCCUCCUGAAGGUUUAUCGUUCUGUUCUUCGUCGAAGCCGUCGACUCGCCGGCCUCCCGCCAUCUGACGAGAUUGUCUCCGACAUGCCCCAAGAAGGAGAUGCUCCCAGGGCAGCACCUUGCGGUCCGUUGCAGUACUACCGAGUCCCACCGCCCUUCAGAGGAAAGGCGGGUGAAGACGUCGACGCGUGGCUCAUCCAGUACAAGCGAGUGAGCAAGUCCAAUGGAUGGGACACAGCCGCUCAGCUCACCAACGUGGUCUUCUCCCUGACCGACACCGCACUCGUGUGGUACGAAAACCACGAGGACGCGCUUACAACGUGGGAUCUUUUCGUUGAGGAGCUGCAGGCGUGUUUCGGGGACUCUGUCGCAAAAAAGAAGCGUGCUGAGCAGACGUUAUCGCAAAGAGCGCAGCUGCCAGGUGAGACGUGCACGACAUAUAUCGAAGAAGUAUUAAGGCUGUGCAAGGUAGUCAGCGCUAAUAUGUCGGAGGAAGAUAAAGUCGGGCAUUUGCUAAAAGGAGUGGCUGAGGACGUCUACACUUUUCUAAUCGGAAAGGAUACCCUCAGUUCUGUGUCCGACUUCAUUCGGCACUGCAGAACUUUUGAAACGUUGAAGAUGCGUCGGAUCACGCCAAAGUUUGGUCGGCUGGCUAACGUGACGACUGUUGCCAGUGUAGACACGAGCCCUUGCCUCGACAUUUCCUCGACCAUUCGACAGAUUGUCCGCGAGGAACUCUCCCGCCAAGAAAUGCUGCGUUCAACUGCCGACCAUCAUGAGAUGUACACGCCACGUGACGCUAUGACUGCGCCUCUUUCGGCCCCCUGGCAACCGACGAUUAGCGCAGCGGCUGUAGAGUACAGCCCAGCCCCACAGUCAAGGCGGACGCACUGGCUUAUGGACCGUAAACUGUUCUUCAGAGCCCGUGAUGUUACCAGAUGGUUUGAAAUUGGCCUGGGUCAGCAGAGACCGGGUCAGCAGAGACCACGCGCCCUUAUCGGUGGCCGAACUAACAGAUGUGCCGGAUGA